UCGCUUCCUCAUACGUUUUCUAAACAGCUUUGCGAGAAGAAGUGGGGAUUUUCUUAAGAUACCUUUUUUUCCUUAAUGUCAUUUUUCUUAAGAAAUUAAUGUUGCAUCUAGACAGCGACUUGAGUCGUCCUUUCUCCAUUUCCCGGUUCUCCAUGCUGAAGUACCUCUGCACAGUAAUUUUUUGUGUCGUUAAUGUUUUGCCAAUAAUAAACCAUGCCAGAGGAAAAGACAUUACAGAACAAGACAUGGCACAUUACAGGGAAAGAAUAAAGUCCAUGUUUUAUCAUGCCUACAACAGCUACCUUGACAACGCCUUUCCUUACGAUGAGCUGCGACCUCUGACCUGUGAUGGGCAGGACACGUGGGGCAGUUUUUCUCUGACGUUGAUUGAUGCACUUGACACUCUUUUGAUCCUUGGAAACAAUACAGAGUUUCAGCGGGUGGCUGCUCUGCUUCAGGAUACAGUGGACUUUGACAUUGAUGUGAAUGCAUCUGUGUUUGAAACCAAUAUCAGGGUGGUGGGAGGCCUCCUUUCAGCCCACUUGCUGUCAAAGAGGGCAGGGGUGGAGGUGGAGCCAGGCUGGCCUUGCUCGGGACCUCUUCUCAGGAUGGCCGAAGAGGCUGCUCGCAAGCUCCUGCCAGCCUUCCAGACACCGACUGGCCUGCCCUAUGGCACAGUGAACCUGCUCCUGGGCGUCAACCCCACCGAGACCCCUGUGACUUGCACUGCUGGCGCCGGCACCUUCAUCUUGGAGUUCGCUGCCCUCAGCCGGCUCACUGGCGACCCUGUUUUUGAGGAAGUGGCUCGCAAGGCCUUGAGAGCACUCUGGAAAACACGCUCUGACAUUGGACUGGUGGGGAACCACAUUAAUGUGGUCACCUCGAAGUGGGUGGCGCAAGACGCUGGAAUAGGAGCUGGCGUGGAUUCAUACUUUGAGUACUUGGUGAAGGGAGCUAUCAUGCUGCAAGAUGAGGAGCUGAUGUCUAUGUUCUCAGAGUAUGACAAGGCGAUCAGAAACUACACCAAGUUUGACGACUGGUACUUAUGGGUUCAGAUGCACAGAGGCACUGUGUCCAUGCCAAUCUUUCAGUCACUGGAAGCAUUCUGGCCAGGGCUGCAGAGUCUGAUCGGCGAUAUAGAUAAUGCCAUGAAAACGUUUCACAAUUAUUACACAGUGUGGAGACAGUUCGGAGGGCUGCCUGAAUUCUACAGCAUCCCACAGGGGUACACUGUGGAUAAGAGAGAGGGAUACCCCCUCCGACCAGAACUGAUAGAGAGUGCCAUGUACCUGUACCGGGCCACAGGGGACCCCACCCUGCUCGAGCUGGGCCGGGACGCGGUGGAGUCCAUUGAGAAGAUCAGCCGGGUCAGCUGUGGCUUUGCCACUGUAAAAGAUGUCAGAGAUCACAAGCUGGAUAAUCGGAUGGAGUCCUUCUUCCUGGCUGAGACAGUCAAGUACCUCUAUCUGCUCUUCGAUCCCGACAACUUCCUGCACAACACCGGCUCCGAGUUUGACAUCGUGAGUGGGCCCUGGGGAGAGUGCGUCCUGGGGGCCGGCGGGUAUGUCUUCAAUACCGAGGCUCACCCGCUGGACCCUGCGGCCCUGCACUGCUGCAGCCGGGCUCUGGCGGAGCAGCAGGAGCUGCAGGAGCUCCUCCUGGGCCUGACCCAGCCGCCCGGCCCGGCCGGCGCCGCCCGCGGAGAGCCGGAGGGCGGCGAGCCGAAGGGACAGGCCUUUUCCGAGAGCAUCGCGCUCAAGCACGGGGAGAGGAGGAAAGCCCCGAUCCUCACCUGCCCCAUGCAGCCCUUCACCUCCAAGCUCUCCAUACUGGGCCAGGUGUUCACCGACACCACGUGACAGGGCUGUUUUCAUUGCUGAGAAUAAAUGGUUUUAUUUAUUUCGAAUG